AAAGAGAGUGAGUUAGAGAGGAAGGCAACAGCACACAGAGAGCAGCAAGAGAGGGAGAGAUAAAGUUGCCUGGGGCAGAGCAGAGGUUUGUGCACAGAGCGUUCAGACUCAUUUUGUUUUCUUCUUGCUUUCUCAAAGCAAGUUUGAGGGGAAAAAAGGCCAACGGGGGCUUUUCUAACCGGUUCACAGCAAAGAGGAGGAUUUAAUCAAGGAGAGGAAAGGAAGGAAGGGAGCGCAAGGAGGAAAGAAGAAGCAGAAGAAGUAGAAGAAGGACUAACUGUUCUCAGGGAAGUCACUGAGUGGAUGCUGCUGCCAUACUCAGUAUCAGGUUUCACAAAAUGAGAAACCACUACAAGAGCGCUUCUGCAGGGCUCAAGCAACCAAGCAAGGAUGCCAGCUGCUAGCAUCAUGACCGGUGGGAGGGCUCUGCUGCUCUGUACAAACACAGAGAACUGCAUCUACCAGUCAGUGAACGGGCUCCAGUGCUGUGGUCUGCAGUUUGAAGACGCUCAUUCUGUGGUGUCCCAGAGGCCAGACUUGUGCAGGGUUGUGGACAGCCAGUCCCCCCUCACGUCCCUGGACAACCUCGACUGCUGCCCAGGGAACAGCGCCAUGCUCGCCCACAAGAGACCGACCAGCAGUCGUCCCAUUGAGAACGGCCUGGGGAGCUGCAACAAGCCUCCCAAGGCUCCCACGGGGGUCAAGAGCACGGCCAGCAUCAGAGACAAGAUCUCCCAAUGGGAGGGCAAAACGGAUACCCCCGGACCGAACCUGCAGACGGCGGUUCAGAAAGAGACAGAGAGUGUGAGGAAGAAGGAUGUUAAAACUACAGAGGUACAAAGGAGAGACAGUAAAAGAGGUUUUAUCUGGGAGAGACAGGACACUGGGAAAGAGAACGGAAGCAGGAUUGGAGAUUCAAGGACAACUUCAGAGUCAUUUACUAAGGAAAGAGAGGUGAUACUAGACAAGCUGCCUGUGGGGAAAACCACUGAGAAUGUCCAGGACAAAAAGUCAGUUUUGACACACAUUAAGAAACUUGAGCAGGCCAUGAAGGAGACUCCUUCUAAGCCUUCUUUACCAGGCAACUAUUUCUGCCCGCCUUCUAAAGAGGAUCAGGAGGAAGCUGAGAGGAGGGGUACGGAACCCAUCUUCGGGACUCUGGACGUGGUGAGGUCCGGGAGCCGCCGCGGCCGAAACAGAGACCCUGAGAACGUGUACACUGAACCUGGGGCUCCCUCCAUUAACCCUCUCCCCAAACCCCAACGUACUUUCCAGCAUCACACUCCUGGAUCGCUCCAUGGCUCAGUGAAAGGUAGGCGGGACCUGCCGCCUCUCCCCUCCAUACCCCCUCCGCCCCUACCCUCCUGUCCUCCACCUCCUGGGGUCUGUCGAAGGCCUUGGGCUGAACGAGCUCGGGACAGCAAUAACAGGAAAUCGUACGAGUUUGAGGACCUGUUGCAGUUGUCCACUGAAGGCUGUCGAGUGGAUUGGUAUGCUCAGUCAAAGCUGGGGCUCACACGCACUUUAUCUGAGGAGAAUGUCUACGAAGAUAUCCUAGAUCCUCCAUCAAAAGAAAACCCUUAUGAAGACAUUGAGGUAGAAAACCGCUGUACCACAAACAAAUGUCCCCUGCCCACAUCGCCUUCCUCGCCUACUCCAGACACUCCAACUAAGCUCUCCUCCAAGCCUGGCUUCUUCAGGCAGAACUCAGAAAGGCGCAGCUUCAAACUCCUAGACCUGCGUAAGACGAAAGGAGAUGGGGGUAUAGCCUCACCUUCAAGAAUAAGCCCACCUUCAACCCCCAGCAGCCCUGAUGACACGCCCUGCCUCUCAGGAGACCCCUACAACCGCAGACGAAGGAAAAUCCCCAAGAUGGUGCUGAAGAUCAAUGGUAUCUUUGAGGCCAGGAGGGGGAAGAAGAGGAUGAAGCGGGUCUCACAGUCAACCGAAUCCAGCUCAGGACGAGUGACGGAUGAAAACAGUGAAUCCGAGAGCGACACAGAAGAAAAACUCAAAGCUCACAGCCAGAGGCUGGUGUCAGUGCAGUCCAUGCUAAAGCAGACAGGCCGAUAUCGCACUUUGGAGAGAGACCUGAUGGACCUGCAGGAGAGGAAGCUCUUUGAGUAUUUCCUAGUGGUGGCACUCCAUAAAACCAAAGCAGGAGCACCUUAUCUUCCUGAGGUCACCCAGCAAUUUCCCCUUAAGCUUGAGAGGAGUUUUAAGUUCAUGAAAGAAACUGAGGACCAGCUGAAAGUCAUCCCCAAGUUCUGCUUCCCUGAUGCAAAAGACUGGGCUCCUGUGGACAACUUCCCCAGUGAGACCUUCUCGUUUGUCUUGACGGGAGAAGAUGGGAGCCGUAGGUUUGGUUACUGUCGACGCUUACUGCCCAGUGGGAAGGGGAGGCGUCUGCCUGAAGUCUACUGCAUAGUGAGCCGGCUGGGAUGUUUUGACCUCUUUUCAAAGAUGUUAGACGAAGUUGAAAAGAGGCGGGCUAUUUCUCCUGCUCUGGUGCAGCCCUUCAUGAGGAGCGUUAUGGAGGCUCCCUUCCCAGCCCCAGGCAGAACUAUUACUGUGAAGAACUUCCUGCCGGGCUCAGGCACUGAGGUAAUAGAGCUGUGUCGUCCCUCGGACUCUCGGCUGGAGCAUGUGGAUUUUGAGUGCCUUUUCUCCUCUUUGAGCCUGCGCCUCCUCCUCAGAGUCUUCGCCUCACUGUUGUUGGAGCGGAGGGUCAUCUUUACCGCAGAUAAACUCAGCACUCUCUCCCAGUGCUGUCAUGCGGUCGUGGCCCUGCUGUACCCCUUCACAUGGCAGCACACGUACAUUCCAGUCUUGCCCCCCUCCAUGAUGGACAUUGUGUGCACACCGACUCCUUUCAUCGUCGGCCUGCUGUCGAGCUCUCUGCCCCGCCUCAAGGAGCUCCCCCUAGAGGAAGUCCUGGUGGUUGACCUUGGCAAUAGUCGUUUCCUCCGGCAGAUGGACGAUGAGGACUCCAUUCUGCCCCACAAGCUGCAGGCCGCUCUGGAGCACGUUCUGGAGAGGAGGAGGGAGCUUGCCUGUGAUCGAGGAGACCUUCCCAAUGAGCACUGCUCUCUGAGCGCCGUGGUAUCUGAGGCCUUUGUCCGCUUCUUCGUGGAAAUUGUUGGACACUACUCACUCUUCAUGGGAGGCAACGAGCGUGAUGAAGAGUCCUCAGCCUCCUCUUCCUCCUCCCCCACGCCUUUGUCAUUUCAGCGUGAGGCCUUCCGCAAGGCCGUGUCCUCUAAAAGUCUACGGCGCUUUCUGGAGGUCUUCAUGGAGACGCAGAUGUUCGCAGGGUUCGUGCAGGAGAGGGAGCUGAGGAGGCAAGGACUGAGAGGGUUGUUUGAGGUGAGGGCCCAAGAUUACCUGGACACCCUGCCUGGAGCCGAGAAUCGAGGGGUCAACAAGUUCCUGAAAGGUCUAGGUAACAAAAUGAAGUUUCUAUCCAAAAAGUGAAGUUUGCGUAAAUGUGGCAUGGAUGAUGUUCAAACGUCAAAUGUGAUGCACCAAACUGACUCCAGAAUAAAGGAAUGAUCAGAAGAAUCUGAAGAGUAUGAAGAAUAAUAGAAACUGAGCACUCAUGACAGCACUGAGACUGACGGGAGAAACCAUAAGCUCAGCAAAAAAGACUUUUCAUACAUGAUAAUUCCAGCCGUUAUUUAGACUGGAUGUAGACCACUUUGCAUACAAUACACGUACAUACUUACAAGCCAGAGAAGGAACAUGGACUUGGAAAUGUAGGUGUGGACCAAAGUUUAAAUACCUUUGUACAGCUCUCUUUUUAAUAUUUGAAACAUUAUUGCUUAUCAACUUUUUUAUGUAAGAAAUAGAAUACAACUUCUUCUGAAACAGGGGGCGAUAAAUUAAUUUAUAUUCUUUUUAGAAAAAUACCUUUUUUAUCUUUUCUUCUGUUUUCUUUUUAACUGAAACAAAGCAAACAAAAAAGCGUGAAGUUGGACUAUUUAUCAUAGUAUAUUCCAGACGUGAGAUUGUUUUGGGUUUAUAUGUAAAGCACUGCUGUCACUGAGCAGUCCUGUUGGGGGUGUGAAUGGAAAAGGAACAGUAAAAAAAAAUAAGAAUGAAAACGUGGAUAGCUGGAAUCUGGAAAUGGACAGAUUGGUGGAUGAAGUUCAGCAGCAGUGCACCUGUCCUGGGAAUUCUGCACAGAUGUCUGUAAAAUAUUGGACCAAAUUACACAAUGGACAUGAUUGACAUGUUCACUUUUUUUUUUCACAGACCACUAAAUUUGCCUUGAACUUGAUUGUGAGAAACGUUCUGGUCUUCUGUCCAAAAUGUAUCAUGGCUGUGAUUUGACUUGUCUAAAAACAUAUAUACUUAUCAUUGUGACUAGUUGCUGUAGGUAAACCAGUCAUGUUGAUGUGACCUUCCAGCCCCCCAACUGUGCCACUGGGGGUCACUACAGAGAAGACUUUGCUUUUUUCCUGUGAAGGGUUUAAGUUGAUAGUAAAGGUGCCGCAAAAAGUUCUUUAAACAGUGUUACACAAGACUUGUAGUUCUCUAAAUAACUAUUUCAAAUUGUUUAAGAACAUUAACAUCAAAUUACAUAUUUAGGUUUUAAAAGGUUCUUCCCAAAAACAAAUAACUCAUGCAUGGGUCAAAUGAUGAACAGUGUUUUAGAAAAAACACCAAAACCAAAAUACAACUUGUUACAGAAGACACAUGACUUUAGAGUUCUAUAAAUAUUCCCAAACAAGCAUGCUGAAUGUUUGCAAAUGCAAAGAUCAGCUAUAAUAAUAAACUAAUGGCCAGUAAAGUAAAUUAUUUCAUUAAUAUAAGUCAUUAUUUUUGUGAUUCUGGCACCUGCCACUGAUCUCAAUAUAUUAGGCAAGUAAACAGUCAGUUGUUGUUAUGGUCUAUUCAAGCUGUUUUGAUAGCAUCAGGAGUAUUUCCAUAAUAAUUGGCAAUUGAUUUUAUUGUUAUGGCUGAUCAGUGUGUUCCCCAUUCCAUUAGAGAACCCCCCCCCCCCCCAAAAAAAAAACAAUUAAAUGCAAGGCAUUAAUACAAACAAUGGGUUAACUUUUCUAUUCUUGUUUUUAGUGUAUGACAAGGGCAGUUUCAUAGCUGUUACACAUUUUGUCAUGAAGAACAGUUUGUUUAAAAGUGUAUUAAAUAAAGUGAUUUUAACAGAA